AAAAUCUUUGGAAAAAAUAGCAAACAGCAAAUAUCGACGAUGUUCCUCGGACGUGUUAUAUUAUUUCUUUUCUAUACAAUUUCAGUAUUUGCUGACGAUGUCACAUUUAACAAUGUAGAAUUUCACGGAUACAGCGUGUUCACCUUAAAAUUCACACGGAAGAUUUCUAGAUCGAAUACUCUCAAAGACCACGUUCCCAAAGAGUAUUUCGAUCAUCUGGAGUUCCUGAACCAAUACAUUCCGGUACUCGAACUGGUUCAGUGACGGAUCUUAGUUCACUGGACGAGUUGACCAUUGAAGAAUGUAACCUGACUGCGAUUGAACCUGGUGCGUUUCAAAAUGUUCCUAAUCUAAGAAAACUGAACUUGAAGAACAACGUACUGGUGAAUAUAGAGGAUGGAGUAUUUAACGGUUUAACACUGUCUACUCUGGAUCUGGGCAAGAAUCAGAUAAAAACUAUUGGAAGCAAUGGGUUGGAUGAUCUUCCAAACUUGUUAAAUAUAAACCUGGCCGACAAUAAUAUUGCUGAAUGGGACAAAAACUGGUUCAAGAAAACGCCUAUGCUAACAAGGAUCUCCAUGCAAAACAACUCUUUGAAAACACUACCAAAAGAUGCGUUUACCAAUCUAAUAGGAACCAAAUCUUACGGCAAAGUAAAAUUAACUAUUAACUUGAUAUUUAGUUACAAUCGAAUAAAUACUAUCGACCGUAAUGCGUUUAGAGGACUGAAGAACAUUAACAAUUUGUGGUUGGACAACAACAAACUGAUUGAUUGGAACGGGAAGCUAUUGGAUGGUGUGGAAGUUGAUAAUCUGAGGAUUGGUCACAAUUUGAUAACCUGUUUUAAAGAUGACCUGGACGGGAUAAUCAAAGCGGAAAUCACACAUCUGGACAAUAAUCCGUAUGAUUGCGACUGUUUGGAGAAAAUAAAAAUUUGGGCCAAGAAAAACGAUAAAUCCGUGGAUAUCUUCCAUUCGGAUAUGGAUUGUAGGAUUAAAAGAAUGCGCGGGAAAAUAGACGGACUGAAAGACUUACUGGGAAAAACAAAUACUGACAAAUCUAAAGAGGAAACAACGCUUCGAAAUUUAGUAAAUGUAGAAGACGAAGUUGAAGUACUUUUUAAAUAAAACCUUUGUCUCUUCACAAA